AAAAUAUUGCACUAAAGAAUCGAUAAGGCAAUUUUGCGAGCCGUCAAUUGGGAGUGGAUAAAAUCCUACAAUCUUCCCUCUCUUCCCCUUCUCUGUCUGCUUCUCGAACAACACAGAGCAGCUGCACCUACAGAUCAACAAUGUUAGCGAACACUUGCGGCCUCCAUUUCCGACCAUGCUAUUCCCACGCAGCCGAAUUCUCUCAUUCUGGGACAUGCCAAAUCUCUCUAUCUUCCUAUUGCCCUCGUUUCCAUGCUUUCACCAAACCGAAGCUCUCGUCUCUGUCGCUUCUUCGCAGUAAGAAAAAUGGUAAGAGUUUGGUCACCAGGGCUCUUACGAAUUCUGCGGAACCUGACUCGGUUGCGGCGAGCGAUGGAAUACCCAGUUCUUUGCGGCCUUUCUCUGUCAAAAUUCCUGUUGGGGAUAGACAUAUUUUGGUCGAGACGGGCCAUAUGGGGAGACAAGCUAGUGGUGCUGUUACAGUAACUGAUGGAGAAACUAUUGUUUAUACAUCUGUUUGUUUGGCUGAUAUACCAAGCGAGCCUUCGGAUUUCUUUCCACUUUUUGUUAAUUAUCAAGAACGUUUUUCUGCAGCAGGUCGGACUAGCGGAGGAUUCUUCAAACGCGAAGGAAGAGCAAGAGAUCACGAGGUUCUCAUUUGUAGAUUGAUUGAUAGGCCCUUGCGCCCAACUAUGCCCAAAGGUUUUUACCAUGAAACCCAGAUAUUAUCUUGGGUUUUGAGUUAUGAUGGUCUGCACACUCCUGAUUGUUUGGCAAUUACAGCAGCUGGAAUAGCAGUUGCGCUUUCAGAAGUUCCUAAUUCAAAAGCAGUUGCUGGAGUUCGAAUUGGUCUUGUUAACGACAAGUUUAUUGUUAAUCCAACUACUAAAGAGAUGGAAGACUCUGAGCUUGAUUUAGUACUUGCUGGCACUGAUAGUGCAAUAUUGAUGAUAGAGGGCUAUGGUAAUUUUCUACCUGAAGAGAUGUUGCUCCAAGCUGUAGAAAUUGGGCAGAAUGCUGUAAUAGCAAUUUGCAAGGAGGUGGAUGCAUUAGUAAGGGAGCGAGGGAAACCAAAAAUGCUCGAUGCCAUUAAGCUUCCUCCUCCUCAGCUCUAUGAACAUGUUGAAGAAAUUGCCGGUAAAGAGUUAGAAAAAGUCCUGCAAAUUAAAAGCAAAAUUCCCCGUAGAAAGGCUCUCUUAUCAUUAGAAGAAAAGGUUAUUUCCAUAUUGACAGAAGAAGGUUACGUCAGUUUAGAUACCACUUCAGAAGUUCUCGAACCUAUACCUGAUUUGGUGGAGGAUGAAGAUGAGGAUGAUGAAGUGGUGGUGGAUGGUGAAGUUGAUGAAGGUGAUGUCCAUAUUAAACCAACUACACGCCGGCCUAUCUUAACACUCUUUUCCGUGGUAGACGUAAAGUUAGUAUUUAAAGAAGUGACAUCCAAUUUUCUCAGGAGACGCAUUGUGGAGGGUGGAAUAAGAAGUGAUGGGAGGACACCAGUUGAGAUACGUCCAAUUAACUCAAGAUGUGGGUUACUUCCUCGGGCACAUGGCAGCACACUAUUCACUCGUGGUGAAACUCAGUCACUUGCAGUGGUUACGCUCGGGGAUAAGCAAAUGGCACAAAGAGUGGACAACCUUGUUGAUGCAGAUGAGUUGAAAAGGUUCUACCUUCAGUACUCUUUUCCCCCAUCAUGUGUCGGAGAGGUUGGGCGUAUUGGUGCACCUAGUCGAAGGGAAAUUGGUCACGGUACGCUUGCAGAGAGAGCACUUGAACCAUCUUUACCUGCUGAAGAUGAUUUUCCUUACACCAUACGUGUUGAGAGUACAAUCACUGAAAGCAAUGGCUCCUCAAGCAUGGCAUCCGUUUGUGGGGGUUCAUUGGCUCUGCAGGAUGCUGGAGUUCCAAUUAAGUGUCCAAUUGCUGGAAUAGCAAUGGGUUUGGUUAAUGAUACAAAGGAAUUUGGGGGAGAUGGAACUCCACUUAUUCUGUCUGACAUAACAGGAUCCGAGGAUGCUUCUGGAGAUAUGGAUUUCAAGGUAGCUGGUAAUGAAACGGGCAUAACAGCAUUUCAGAUGGAUAUAAAGGUGGGCGGCAUUACUAUACCCAUUAUGAGAGAGGCGCUCCUGCAAGCAAAGGAUGGCCGUAAGCAUAUUCUUGCUGAAAUGUUGAAGUCUUCUCCUCCUCCUUCGAAAAGGCUUUCACAGUAUGCUCCAUUGAUUCAUAUCAUGAAGGUUCUACCUGAAAAAAUAAACCUAAUCAUUGGUUCUGGCGGAAAAAAGGUGAAGAGCAUAAUAGAGGAAACACGAGUCGAGGCUAUUGACACUCAAGACGAUGGGACAGUUAAAAUUACUGCAAAUGAUUUGUCAAGCUUGGAAAAAUGCAAAGCUAUUAUUAGCAAUCUGACAAUGGUUCCAACUAUUGGUGAUAUCUAUAGGAACUGUGAGAUCAAGACAAUUGCUGCUUACGGUGUUUUUGUUGAGAUAGCACCUGGACGAGAGGGACUUUGCCAUAUUAGUGAGCUGAGCUCAGAUUGGUUGGCAAAGGCAGAAGAUGCUGUUAAAGUUGGAGACAAAAUCGAUGUCAAAGUCAUUGAGGUAAAUGAAAAGGGUCAGCUCCGCCUUAGCCGUCGAGCAUUGCUUCCAGAGGCUGACCAGGAUUCCAGUUCAAAGGAUAACACAGGCAACCCCUCCAGAAACAAGGCUGCAAUGCAGAAGGGCCCUGAUAAAAGUACCUCUAAGAUAGCUGGUAAGGAGAACAUGGAACAGAGUAAUGUGCAGAAAGGUGUUGUUGCAGCAAGUGGUAGUUCAUCGGAGGACGCUGCAAAACUGCAGAAGAAGUUCAUACGGAAAGAAGCGACUGCAACGAAAGACAGACCUAUAAACAAAGAGAAGACAAAAAGCACAAGCAGUUGAGUUGUUAGUAGUAUCUCCAACACCGAACUUUGUGAAUGAAAAAGAGGAUGAAUUCAGAUUGGUAUAUUAAUGGUGUUGUGCACAAAACUGUAUGUUAGUGUUCAUUCUGCAGCAAGAGGAUUGGUGGUACAAGUGCCUCACAACUUGAAAAUUACCAAGGACAACAAAAAUUGUGGUUUUCCCCCAUUGAAUCCUUGAUACAAAUGUCCAGAAGUGCGGUAGUAGCAGGAGCAAAACAAGGAGCAAGACACUGGUAAGCUGCUGCAGAGUA